AUGAUUACUCAAGGCCGUAAUAUUUUAUUAUUAAUUGAUAAUUGUUCUGUUCAUAAGCUUUUAGCAAAUGCUUUUAAACUUACUGAAAAAUCAUGGGAAAGUGUUACUGAGAAAACUAUUAAAAACUGUUGGAAAUCAACUGGAAUUUUAUCAAAUUUUUUUUCAGAUGGAACAUCAACAUUUUUAUCUGCAGUACCUACUACUAAUAUUAGUACUAAUUCUAGUACUAUUAGUAAUGUUAGUACUAAUAGUACAAGAGAAAGUAGUCCUAUUAAUUAUAAAAAUACAACUACUACAGUUUUUCAUAAUAGCAUUAUUGCAACUAAUAAUGAAGGUAUAACAACUCUUCACAAAAGCAGUACUACUAAUAUAGAUAAUAUGACUACUAUGAUUCAAAAUAAUAUUAUUACUAUUAAUCAAUAUAGUAUUAUUACAUCUGUUCAAGAUA